CACAACGUCGCUCCAGGGGGGGGCAUGUGUAAAAAAAUAUUGCCAACCAAGAACCUCCCCCUCCCUUUCCCUUCCCUUCGCCGCGACGCCGCCCCCCAAUCUCCUCCGGCGCCGGGGGUUCCCCAGUUCCGGCGGCCGGACAAUGGCUCGGAGGGGCGUGUCCUACGUGUCGGCGGCGCAGCUGGUGUCCAUGGCCCGCGAUCCCCGCGUCGCCAUCGUCGACGUCAGGGACGAGGAGAGGAGCUACGACGGCCACAUCGCCGGCUCCCACCACUACGCCAGCGACACCUUCACGGAGCGGAUGCCCGACCUCGCCCAGGCGACCGGGGCCAAGGAGACCCUUGUCUUCCACUGCGCACUCAGCAAGGUGCGGGGCCCAUCCUGUGCACAGAUGUUCCAUGACUAUCUAUCAGAGGCCAAGGAAGAUUCAGGGGUAAAGAACAUCAUGGUCCUAGAACGUGGGUUUAAUGGAUGGGAACUUUCAGGGAGGCCCGUUUGCCGCUGCAAGGACACUCCAUGCAAGGGUGUAUGCUCUUGAGUACUUUAACUCAUGGCAGAUGUUGCUCGAUGCGUUCCAAGAAAUUGAACGCUAUCAACAAGCUACCAGUUUAUACUUUACGAAUACUACAGAUUGAUAAGAUGUCAUGUCUCCAUUGGGUGGAUCAACAAUGGCGCUGCGUGAAUUGUUCCAGUGAAUAACAGUUAAUGUCAUUUGUGGCAUGUAAACUGUAAACCGCAUUUAGAAUGCUUGGUAAUGUUUUGCUUCCAUCAACCUAUGGGCAUUCACAUCUUGUCUACUGGCUGCAGUUUUAUUCA